AGAAAAAGUUGCAUCAAACAGCCGCCAUAUUGUCUCGUCGGGAACGCGUUGAAUUUUCGGGAUAAAUAGUUAUUUGCAUCGCGGGCCGUAUUGAAUGAAAGUUUCGGGGUUUGCGUCGGAUCGUUGGUGAGGAGGCCGCGUCCGGUCGAAAGAUCGGGCCGAUGUUUAUUAGAAAAGUGAUAAAACGGUGAUAUCAUUGUCGAAGCGAAGGAGAUAUGGUGGUGAGCGGCGGACGGCGGUAGAAGCGGAGUGUAAAAAGCGGACUCGGCUCGGAAAACGGGACCAAGACCAGUAUCAACUAUGAUGGCCGAUGGUUGAGUGUUGGGUUUUCGCGGUCGGUUUUCGUUAUUAUUUCGUUAUUUUGACCCGAUAAAAAAUAAAGGGAAAAUAAUGUGCCUUGUGAGAUGCAUCGGCCACACCAGGACGCUGCUACGUACGUGGACUCUUCGAAACGGAUUAUUUUAUUGUAUUUUCGAACGCAAACGAUGAUUCGCGCGCCGUGUUCGCGCUGAGAGACCGCAACACCGAGAUUUUAACGCUUUUAGUGUUCACGUUAUAGGGAUUUAUAGGUGCCUCGGCUUCUUCUCCUACUUUUUUACCUUAACGCCUUGGUAAACACAGCCAGAUUUCACCCAGACUUUGAUAUUUUUUUUUGAUAUGGCCGAUCACCUAGUAGAUGGGCCGUCAAAUGCCAAAAGGCCGAAACUGUCCCCUUUUCAGGGGACCUCCGAUUCCUCCGUGACUAUGCAACAUUUCGCCUACGGCUUGGGGCCUGGACAGGGACAAAUACUUGGUGACGGUUCGUCGAUCCCGCUCCAACAAUGGACUUUACGCCAGCAGCAAAAUGUUUUGGCAAAUGUUGACAUGCUCGAUUUGGAAAAGAGCCUUCCCGAUGAAUUAAUCGGCGACCAUGGAUGGGGCCUCCCGGACCAUUUAACAGCAAAGACACCGCAAGGACCCGGGCCGGGGGUGCUCCAAAACGGAAUCGAUACGUCCGACGGUCAGAGUGCAGCCUUAAGACACCAAAUUCACCACAUAAUACAACAGCAGCAGCAACAACAACAGCAGCAGCAACAGCAGGGCAAUAAAAAUUUGGUCAACAAUGCACUUUCGAUGGCCGCCGGAAAUCAGUUGGGGAGCAAGAGUCCCAAUCUUCAAUCACCUCCUAAUGUUUCCAUUGCGAAAGGCAAUGGGGGUGUAGUCGAUUCACUUUCUAUGGGGGGCAGUUUGCCUUCUAGUAUACAAAAUAAUGUAGGAUUACAGACUAUUGCGAAUAAUGGGAGUUCGCCACAAGUGAUGAGCUCCAUACAAGGUAGAAAAUGUCGAAAUAGUAUGAAUAAUACUGUAGGAAACAUGGUAAUGACCAAUAGCAACAUGAGCAAUAUUAGUAUGGCUGGAGGUGGCCUUGUCGUCAGUAGCACUGUAAAUAAUAAGACAUUAAAUGCGACGGGAAUGAUGUCAGGCCAGCCUCACCACGCGCAAAAUCAUGCGGUGGCACAGGGUAUCCAAAACGGUCCAAUGCUAUCCCAACGAUCGGUAAAUAUGUCUCAUAUGACCCCUCGGCCGCAAGGGCCACAUGCGGUGCCUCACGGGGCGAUAGGCGCGCGCAUGCAACCCCCUGGCAUGCAAAUGCCUUUAAAUUCUAUUAAUCAGAAUAUGCCUGGAAAUACUCCUUACAAUACUUAUCAAAAUCCGGCUGGUGGACCUCCACAAAACGUGCAAGUUGGGGUGAUAGCACCUCAGCAAAGGCCGGGCGGCAUGAAUAUUCCCCCAAGGUUUGUUUCUCCUCCCGGUCAAGUUGGUCCAACGGCGGGUGGUGAAGGUGGAAUCGCCCAAACGCAACCACCGGCACCAUCGCCCGCCCAACCUCAAUCAGGGGCACCCAGUAGUUCCCAGCCGGUCCCUCAAGCUGCCGCUCAAAGUCAAGCGGGUGGUCAGGCAGCACCAUCUACAGAUCCAGAAAAGCGGAAAUUGAUUCAACAACAAUUGGUGUUAUUGUUGCAUGCUCAUAAAUGCCAAAGGCGAGAAUCUCAAGCGAACGGCGAAGUGUGGCAGUGCACGCUGCCCCAUUGUAAGACAAUGAAAGCUGUAUUAAAUCACAUGACGUCAUGUCAAUUGGGGAAAAAUUGUACAAUGCCACAUUGCAGCUCGUCAAGGCAAAUAAUAAGUCAUUGGAAACAUUGUGCAAGAAGUGACUGUCCGGUAUGUUUGCCAUUAAAACAAGCAGAUAAGAACCGCAAUAAUCCAAACGCCGCAACAACAACGCCGCAAACAACCCAAUCACCAAAUAACACAACUACUCAGGAUAUAAAAAAGAGGUGCGACGUGCUAGGAUUAAGGCCGGAAACGGCGCCUUUAGGAGGAUUACUUCAAACGCCGAAUUUACCCCCUAGAAUACGAUUACCUGGUCCGAAUAUGCCCAUGACUAAUGUGACGGUUUUACCGUCUCAGCAAACGCCUACAAAUGUUAGCUUACCCAUGGGAAGUGGGGACUCUUCCGUGCCUGCGCCGGCAACGCAAAUCGCGCCCACCUCGAUACAACAACAACAACAAAAUAUGACCAAUAAUACAUUGUUUGGCGUGGGUGGUACGGACGGUCCAAAUAUUGGUGAUGGUCGAAUAGGAGGUUUACAGCCGGGUCAGGUGACUGCGACGCCGGUACAAGAUACAAAGGAAUGGCAUCAAUCUGUGACUCCCGAUCUACGAAAUCAUUUAGUACAUAAGUUGGUCCAAGCGAUAUUUCCAACGCCUGAUCCACAAGCGAUGCUCGACAAGAGAAUGCACAAUCUUGUCGCGUAUGCGCGAAAAGUAGAAGGCGAUAUGUACGAAAUGGCCAAUUCUAGAUCGGAGUAUUAUCAUCUACUUGCAGAGAAAAUUUAUAAAAUCCAAAAGGAACUGGAAGAAAAACGACAGAAAAGGAAAGAACAACAGCUACAGCAGGUGCAACAUCCGGGAAGCAUUCCACGGCAACCACUUCCAGGUCAAUUAACCGGAAUCGGGCCGGCAGGUCCUAGAGCACCUCAACCCCACCAAGUCUUAGGAAGCCUCUCGCCUCAGUUACAAAAUAUCAACAUCACUAAUCAACCGGGAGGACCGCGCGUCAUCUUUCCAGGACCCCAACAACCUACCCAACAACAAAUAUCCCAACAACAGCAACAACCAAACCAACCGCAAAACGUAGGACUUCCAGGACCGUCUCCCACCACAGUUAAUAACCCUAGUUUAUCGCCGUUUGGUCAAUCCUUAUCUCAACAAACCUCCACAACACCAACCCAUACACCUCAAUUCACCACUACGAGUAACGGGCCGAACUUACCAUCAACUUCACCUGCCGGUAGUCAACAAUUUAACGAUGUGCUACAGAAUAGAUUAGCGCAGUCCCCGUCGUACACUCUCCCGAGUAGUUUAACGACGUCAAUGAACAACCAAGUGAAUAACACUACCACCAGGUUACCAGCUUCCACUCCAACCGAUGCAACGAAUAUGGCGCAAUCAAUCGCGACAGGAGUUCCAGGAGCCAGACCAAAGUCUGUUAGCUCAUCGCGGGGGCCUUCACCUGCACCCGCUACCCCUGUAGUCAAUUCACCCCAAUCAACAGCCGCUAGUUUAGGUAAAGGUAUGACAACUCAAGAAAGAGCAGCAUUAUCACUUCCUGUGAGAUCUUCCACAAUAUCAUCACAAUUCUCUGCGAUUGUGGCGGCUUCCGGUGCGGACGAGGAUUCUCCAACACCGUCGGACGGUGACGUAAAGGGAAAACUCGACCAACAGACCAAACAUCACCGAUUAAACGAGGAAACGCCGAUGGAUAUUAAACAGGAAGACGAGGAAAUGAAUGGUCACGUGGAUAUAUGCGGGAAAGGCGGAAUCAAAACUGAAAUCAAAAAGCGAGAGAUUAAAAUGGAAGACGAAGAGAUUAAAACGGAGGUUAAGAUGGAGCCUGCGAGUCCGUCGGAAGUAUCGGUUGAGGUGAAACCAUCUCCAAUGGAGAUUAUUCCGACGCCUGCAAAACCGAGAAAGUUUAUUUUUAAACCGGACGAGUUAAGACAAAAAUUAAUGCCGACUUUGGAAAAGUUGUAUCGACAAGAUCCAGAAAGUCAUCCAUUUAGACAACCUGUAGAUCCGCAAACGUUGGGUAUCCCGGAUUAUUUUGAUAUUGUUAAGAAACCGAUGGAUUUGUCAACGAUUAAAAAGAAAUUAGAUAUUGGACAAUACGCGGAUCCUUGGGAAUACGUCGACGAUGUUUGGUUAAUGUUUGAUAACGCUUGGUUGUAUAAUAGAAAAACAAGUAGAGUUUAUCGGUACUGUACGAAAUUAUCGGAAGUUUUCGAACAGGAAAUCGAUCCAGUUAUGCAAUCGAUGGGUUAUUGUUGCGGCCGAAAAUAUACUUUCAAUCCGCAAGUUUUGUGCUGUUUUGGAAAACAACUUUGUACCAUUCCAAGAGAAGCUAAAUAUUAUAGCUAUCAGAACAGUCUAAAAGCGUAUGGGCUCGGAUCCAACAGAUACACCUUCUGCCAGAAGUGUUUCAACGAUUUCCAGGGGGACACCGUUACGUUAGGAGACGACCCUACACAAGCUCAAACGGCAAUCAAAAAAGAUCAAUUCAAAGAAAUGAAAAACGACCACCUCGAAUUGGAACAGUUCGUUUUGUGUCAAGAGUGUGAUCGAAAACUUCAUCAAAUUUGCGUUCUUCAUAUGGAACAAAUAUGGCCGUGUGGUUUUGUUUGUGACGAGUGCCACAAGAAGAAGGGUACGAAGAAACGCGAUAACAAAUUCAACGCAAGACGUCUCCCCGUAACGAAACUUGGCGUAUACAUCGAAACGCGGGUUAACAACUUUUUAAAGAAAAAGGAAGCGGGCGCCGGCGAAGUGUCGGUUCGCGUUGUUUCCAGUUCGGAGAAAAUGGUUGAAGUAAAACCGGGAAUGCGCAGUAAAUUCGUCGAAACGGGUGAUAUGCCUGGGGAGUUUCCGUAUAGGGCUAAAGCGUUGUUUGCGUUUGAGGAAAUCGACGGCGUCGACGUGUGCUUCUUCGGGAUGCACGUGCAGGAAUAUGGUUCGGAGUGCCCGGCGCCGAACACGCGGCGCGUUUACAUCGCCUAUUUAGAUUCGGUGCACUUUUUUAAGCCCAGACAAUUUCGGACGGCUGUUUAUCAUGAAAUUUUGUUGGGUUAUAUGGAUUACGUGAAACAACUCGGUUACACGAUGGCGCACAUAUGGGCGUGUCCGCCCUCCGAAGGCGACGAUUAUAUCUUCCACUGUCAUCCAACGGAACAAAAGAUACCGAAACCGAAGAGACUCCAAGACUGGUAUAAGAAAAUGCUCGAUAAGGGUAUUAUCGAACGAAUUGUUUUAGAUUAUAAGGAUAUUUUAAAACAAGCAAUGGAAGACAAAUUAGGUUCUGCUUCUGAUCUGCCCUAUUUUGAGGGCGAUUUUUGGCCAAAUGUGUUGGAAGAAAGCAUUAAAGAAUUAGAUCAAGAAGAGGAAGAAAAACGGAAACAAGAAGCGGCAGAAGCUGCAGCGAUUUUCUCAAUUGAAAAUGAGAGUGAAAUCGGUCCCGACGGGAAGAAGAAAGGUCAAAAGAAAGCAAAGAAAAGCAAUAAGUCCAAAGCAAAUCAACGAAAAAAUAGUAAUAAGAAAUCGAAUACUCCCCAAACGGGAAAUGAUCUCUCCGCGAAAAUUUACGCUACAAUGGAUAAGCACAAGGAAGUGUUCUUCGUUAUUAGAUUACAUUCAGUACAAUCAGCUGCCAGCCUAGGGCCUAUUCAAGACCCAGAUCAAUUCAUUCCGUGUGAUUUAAUGGACGGUCGUGACGCGUUCUUAACGUUAGCAAGGGAAAAACAUUACGAGUUCUCUUCAUUGCGACGCGCGAAAUACAGCACGAUGGCGAUGCUGUACGAGUUACAUAAUCAGGGACAAGAUAAGUUCGUGUACACGUGUAAUAGUUGUAAAAAACACGUCGAAACCCGUUACCAUUGCACGUUCUGCGAAGACUUUGACCUGUGCGUACAGUGUUACGAAAAAGAAGGACAUCCGCACAAAAUGGAAAAGCUCGGUUUCGAUUUGGACGACGGCUCGUCGCCGAGCGAUAUCAACAAACAAACCAAUCCCAACGAUGCCCGUAAACUAUCGAUACAAAGGUGCAUACAAUCGCUGGUGCACGCGUGUCAAUGCAGAGACGCGAAUUGUCGAUUGGCUAGCUGUCAAAAGAUGAAACGCGUUGUUACCCACACGAAAGUUUGCAAAAGGAAAACGAACGGUGGUUGUCCGAUUUGUAAACAAUUAAUAGCUCUGUGCUGUUUCCAUGCCAAACACUGCCAGGAGACGAAGUGUCCGGUGCCGUUCUGUUUGAACAUUCGACACAAACUCAAACAACAACAAAUCCAACAACGUUUGCAACAAGCGCAGUUGCUUCGAAGGCGAAUGGCGGUGAUGAACACGCGAGUUCCGACCGCGGCGAACGUAAUGGGCGGCGGGGGUAAUAUGCAAAUAGGUGGAAGUGGUAGUAGUGUGCCGCCCGUGUGCGUACCGUGCGCCGUUAGUCCCGUGGGGUCGAUGGGCGGAAAUAAUACGAUUGGGGCAAACCCUAUGACGGGCGGAAUGCAACAACCGCAUCAACCCGGAAUUGGACUUAAACCAGGAACGCAAACACCGCCUGCGAAUGUGUUGCAAGUAGUCAAACAAGUUCAAGAGGAGGCGGCGAGGCAACAAGCUCCCCAUGGGGUCGGAUUUGGAAAGGUUAAUCCAGGAGCAGGAGUUCCGGGACAAAAUAUGCCUCCACCACAGAUGCAAAUGCGACUGGGAGGUCAUCUACCACCUGGACAAGGUGCUGGGAAUUUAUUACCAAUGGAUCAAUGGCAAAGAUAUCCAGGACCAGCCCAAGGUUUACGACAGACAGGACCUCAAGUUGGACAAGCACAAGGUCCGUUAACAACAGCGUUAAUACCACAGGCAAAUCCUGGUGUUGGCGUCAGACAGUCGGCGUCGCCGUUGUUCACUCCGGGUGCGAACAACAAACAAGCGCUGCAACAGCUGAUGAUGGCGCUCAAGUCGCCUUCAACGCCAGAGCAGCAGCAACAAAUACUUCACAUUCUUAAAGCAAAUCCGCAACUGAUGGCCGCGUUUAUUAAGCAAAGACAGCAGGCACACGUUCAAGCUCAAUGUGGAUCGUCGGGUGUGGCAGGAAACGCGUCCCAACAGUUGCCGCAUAUGUUACAACAGCAGCAACAACAGCAAGCGGUUGUAGCGGCCCAACAGCAGCACCCGAACAGUCGGAUGCAGCAGGCGCAGAACGUGCUACAGGGCGCGGGCGGUCCCGGCCAAGGAGUUGGAGCUGGACAAGCUGGGAUGCAGCAGCAUCAGCAGUGGUUCAAGCAGAGUCAGCUGAUGAUGCGCGUGCAGCAACAACAGCAGCAGCAACAACAACAGCAGCAGCAGCAUCAACACCAGCAACAACAACAACAGUUUCAACAACCACCUGCAUAUCAAAGGUUACCGGGAAUAAGACAACCACACCUCGGUUAUACCAACCAAUUUCAAGAACAAACAUUUCCGCCAAUGGCUGGGUUGAAACCAACACCGCCACCCGCUCCGUCACCGUCUCAAGUGGGCGGCGGUGGAGGCGGCGGUGGGGGAGUAAUGGGUCCACCACAAGGGGCCAUCUCACUACAACAACAGCUGAUACAGAGUGUGCGUAGUCCGCCGCCGAUAACCAGCCCGCAGCCAAACCCGUCCCCGCGCCCCGCACCAAGUCCGCGAUUGCAGCCGGCUCCGAGUCCGAGAGGGCCGCAACCGUCACCUCACGACCUCACCGAAAUGUUACUGGGACAGAACAACGGCGGUUCGGGUGUCGGUUUGCAUCCGCACCCGUCGCCGGCCUCCUCUCAGCCGCAGGAUGCUGCCGAUAUGACACCUCAAGACCAACUUACCAAGUUUGUUGAACAGCUUUAGUGGUGAAUUUGAUUUUUAAAGAGAUAAUUAAUUAUAGUAAAACAAAGUUGACGAGAGGAAAAAACUAAUGUUUUUAAAUAAUGCAAUUUGAAAGUAAUUAAAGAGAGAAUAAGGAAGAGAGAAGAAGGUAACGAUAAUAAAAUGGGAAAAUGAGGUUGGUGUACAAAAAAAAAGUCUUGGGUUGGGUUGGGUAUUGAUUUAUAUUUAUGAGAUUGUAUUUAAUGAAGUAUAACUUUUAUAUUGUUAUUAGUUUUUUAUAGGUUAUCUGAGAAUUUGUUAUAUUAACUAAUUAAGAAAUUUCAAUAAUUUUAUAUUUUUGACAGUGAUUUCAAUGUUAUUUAUUUCAAAUUUAGCGAUUAUGUUUGUAGUUAUUAUUAUAUACGGAAGUGAUAAUUUCUGUAAAGAUAGUAAUUUACAUAAAGGUGUUUUAUGUAGGUCUUAAAAACUUAUAGAGUGUUUGAACAAUACUUUAUAUAGGUAUAUUCACUUUUUACGAAAUGAUCAAUUUUAUUUAAAACGAGAUGUUUUAAUUUAUUUUUCCCCCAAUUCUACAACAUGUUCAUAUUUUUUUUAUUUUAUUUUUAACUCGAUUUACUCACCUCUUUUGAGAUUUAAGUUAAAUUUAAAGCGAAAUCAAAUUGAAACUCAACCUAACCUCGUUUAUAAGGCUUAUUUUUUGUGUACACCAUUUUGUAUAAAUUUUGCACACCUUGGGACAAACAUUUUUUGGUGCUGUGCUAAAAUGUACAAAAAAAAACAGUGAAAAUGUACAAGAAAUAAAAAUAAAAGUUACAAAGAGAGAAAUAAAUGUGAAAAUUGAAAAGAAUAACGUAUACUUAUGGUGGGACUUCACCCCGGAGGCAAUAUCCCCGGCCUCUUUGUUGCCCCCCUCGCCCCCACGUGUAGUUAUUGUAUAAAGAUUUAGAUUUUAAUACUGAUGGACGACGUAAAUUUACGUUUUAAACAAAUGAAAAUUAAAAAACAUAAAACUUGUACAUAUGUUUCAUACAAUACAAUGUAUUAUAUACAAUGUUAGUGAAAACAAAAAAAGAAGAAUGUUUACCUACCUACCUUACUACCUACUACGAUUAGGAUGUGAAUGAUAUACCUAAAAAAGUAUUUUGGCUUUGCGAGGCUGUGUUAUAUAUUAUUAUUCUUAACGGAUUGUUACCUAAUAUAAUGAUGAUGAUGAUGCAGACGAAGACGAAUGAUGUUUUGCACCGCAAAAAAAACAAUUUGUUUAUUUAUGUGUUUUCUCCCUCACUCCCAAAAAAUCCAUCGUGAUCGAUUUUUUUUUAUUUUAGUUUUUUCAUAUUUUGUAUACAUACAUAAUGUAUCUUAAUGUAGUAAGUAAAUAAGAUGAUGAUGAUUGAUUGUUUCAUAAAUUGAUUAUGUAUAAAAAAGAUCGUGUCGGUAGCUAUUGUGAUGAUAAAGCCCCUCCCUGCUUCCCCCCACCGACACUCUCUUCCAGAUUUCAGGUGGCGGGAAAAGCUCCCUUUCCCUCAUUUAUAUAUAUAUAUAUAUAUUUUUUUUGCUUUACAUAUUUUAUUUAUAAUUUAUAUAUAUGUAUCACGUGUACAUUACAUUCCACACACCCCAUCCAUGUGGAGUGGUGCUGGCACCUGACAAUCGCAAACCUCGCCAGUGCAAUACUUAAAAAUAAAUUAAAGAAAAACAUAAAAACAAUUAUGUAAAUAUUGUUUUUUUAAACAAAUGAAGAACACAAAGAAACAAACGAUAAACACUCCCUCCUUAAUUUAUUUGCUAUUUGAAUAUGAAUUAAGUACUUUGUAGCGUUAAGUGAAUAUAAUAUAGAAAUAUUAAAAUGAAGAGAGAAUAAAAAAUUAUUAAAAAAAAAUAGUUUUUUUAUUUUGUUUUAAUUUUUUUUUAAUUUCAUACAGAGACACAAAAAACAUACAAACGAAUGGCUGUAACUUGUUGAUCGUGCCUGCGAGUAAAGAAAUCGUAAUAGGUGUCGGCGCUCCACUUUGUAAAUAUUAUAAAUAAUAAUUAUUAUUAUUAUAUUGUGCAUUAUAUGCAAUUUUGUUUUCAAUCAUCACGCAAUAGACCGUCACACAUGUACUGAUAAAAAUAAUAAUAAUUAAAAGAUGAAUUUUUAAAA